CACUCUCCCUAUACAUACACUCUACUCUCUCUCCGAAGAACUUGCAAUUUAUGUUUUGAUCCGAGUUAAAAACUGCUGUUUGCUACAAUCAGGCGAUUUGAUUUCACGUUUUCACGAUACCAGAGGCCGCAUUAAUUAUAAAUAGAUAGAAAGAUUUUGCAGGGAAAAAAGGUUUUCAAUUGAGAGGUUUUAGGGUUUGCUAAUUCACAAUAUACUGCUGUUGUAUAGGUAGAUUGGGGGUUUUAAUUUUGUUUAGUUCUGGUUGUUAAUAUGUUGGGAGCAGGAGUGCAGUUCAAUAAGAGUAAAAAUGGUGAAGAUCGAUUUUACAGCGCCGCUAGGGCUCGCCGGAGUCCGGAUUUUUUGCGGAGGGCUCAGGGUGACGUCACCUCUAGGCGGAGCCGCCGUGAUGAGCUGCCGCUGGAAAAGUCAAAGCCGGCGGCUCCGGCUUUGCAGCCGGUUCCAGAACCCUCGCCUUUGUGUAAUCUCGAGAGGUUUUUGGAAUCUGUCACGCCUUCCGUCCAAGCGCAGUACUUAUCUAAGAUGACAGUAAGGGAUUGGAGAACGUGCAAUGUCGAGUUUCAACCAUUUUUUGUGCUCGGUGAUUUAUGGGCGUCGUUCAAGGAAUGGAGUGCGUAUGGUGCCGGAGUGCCUUUGGUAUUGGAUGGAAGCGAGGGCGUGGUUCAGUAUUAUGUACCCUAUUUGUCGGGAAUUCAAUUGUACGCUGACUUAUCUAAGAGUACAGCAAAGUCAAGGUAUCUCUGUCUAUUCCACCACGUAUAUUUCAUUUUGAAACUUGGUGAAGAAAGUGACGGUGAAUACUCCAGGGAUUCUAGUAGUGAUGGAAGCAGUGAUGGCGAACAAGAUAGAGGUGGCUUUAAUUAUUCAAAUAAGCAACUUACUUAUCUUCAAGAAGGCUUUUCUAGCGAUGAAGGUGAAUCCGAAAGUUCACGGAGUUGCUUGUUAUUUGACUACUUUGAACGUGACAAACCAUAUUGUAGGGAGCCUUUGGCAGACAAGAUAUCCGAUCUUGCUCGUAAAUUCCCAGAACUAAAAACACUCAGAAGUUGUGAUUUACUUCCAUCGAGUUGGAUUUCUGUGGCAUGGUACCCCAUUUACAGAAUACCAACGGGGCCAACUCUUAAAGAUUUGGAUGCUUGCUUUCUAACCUUUCAUUCUCUUCACACUCAUAUGACAGGUAUACCUAAAACCGUUUCUCUGCGAAAUGAAGCGAUGCAUCGGCCAAUUGUGACAUAUCCAUCUGAGAGUGACGGUGUUCCACAGAUUUCACUCCCAGUAUUCGGCCUUGCUUCGUAUAAAUAUAAAGAAUCGCUGUGGACCCCACCGAAUGUCGGGAAUCAGGGGCAGAUAGCGGAAUCUCUCUUGCAAGCUGCUGAUAAUUGGCUGAAUUUACUACAAGUUAAUCACCCCGAUUUCUCUUUCUUCUGCCGUAGAUAAAUUUUUAUUGUAGUGUUGUUUAAGUUACGAGGCGAAACAUAAUUCUACCAGAAAAAAAU